UUCUAUCUUUAUGUGGUUGGUAUUAUGGUGGUGAGUGGUUAUCAUUUGCUUUGUAAUUUUACACCUAGCCAGCCAUGGAGGCUGCCAUAGAACAAACCACCACCACCACCACCACCACCACCGCUGGUGGUGGUGGUCUUGAUGGUGAUGGUGAUGCUCCUCCCAAAGAUAUCACCAACAUCUCUAAAGGCAAACGAACCAAGCGUCAAAGGCCACAAUCUCCAAUUCUUUUCACAAUUGCAUCCGCAAACAAUAACGAUUCAAAUGACUCUCCUGUAUCCUCUUCUGGUUUUCCGGCAGGUAGCACCACCACGGAAGAUGAAGACACUGCCGAAUCCCUAAUCCUCCUCUCCAAAGGCCAGUCCUUGGACCUUUCUUCAAGAAAAAGCAAAGACGAUUACGAUGGAAUGUUCAAGUUUAAUAGCAAAAGGUACAUACAUACGUCGACCACCGGAAACACUGGAAUUUUUGUUUAUGAAUGCAGGACAUGCAACCGAACUUUUUCUUCAUUUCAAGCUCUCGGAGGCCAUCGAGCGAGCCAUAAGAAACCUAAAAACAAUGAAGACAUGAGAAAACCACCACCCUACAUUGCCGAUAACAUUAAUGAAUCACCAACAGAGUUUCCAUUCAGGAAUCACAAUUCUUCCGUUUCUCUUCAAUUAAACAACCGAGUUUCAUUCACCAAGUCCUCCUCCAAGCUUCAUGAAUGCUCAAUUUGUGGCACAGAAUUUAAUUCUGGACAAGCGUUGGGUGGUCAUAUGAGGCGUCACCGGGUGGCAGGCGGCGGCAAUAAAGGUGGCAAUAACAGCACCACCGCCCACGCAAACACCACCACCUUAUCUUUGAUUCCGUUCAGUCCGAUGACCACCGUGCGCGCAGAGACCUAUGAUAAUAAGUCGAAGAAUAAUGCGUUGUGUUUGGAUCUUAACCUUCCGGCCCCACGGGAAACCACCGUAGCAGCCGCCGAUGACGAUCAACGUCAAAAACGGGGAUUUACAUUCUCACCGACGGGGAAAAAUGAGAAUAAACAACAGGCCGUUCGUUUGUCCGCUGCCCCAAAAUUGGUGGAUUGUCAUUACUGAAUACUUAUUUAUUUAUUUAUUUAUUUAUAACUUGUACUAUCUUGUGAUUUUGUGAAGGUAGAUGUGAAGUCAUCAUCAUACCCCCACCAAAAAUUGUAAAUUAUUUUCUCACCAAUUUAGUUUGUUGAUAUUUUAAAAAUAUGUAAACGUAUGAAAGUUCAAUUUUGUUGAAAUACCUUUGUAAUAUUAUUACCGCAUUUUUUUGAA